AAAAUGUUUAUUCUCUUAGCUUUAAAUAAGUUAUUAUAAAGUAGAUAAUAUGCACUACUUAUUAACAAAAGUUCAGAAUUACAAAAUUAUAAAUAGGUAGAAGCUUAUUUUACGCACCAGUUUUUUUUUGUAAAUGGCAAAUUGUUUUAUUCAUAUGUUUUAAACAAAUAACAGGUAACUUAAAUUGGUAAUUUACUAUUUCACACAAUUUUAUAUUUAUUUGAUUUAAAUAAAGAGCAAAAAAUGUAUAGUUUUGUUAUUUUGUCAUUAAAAAUAACACUGUCUAAUCAACCAUUGGUAAAAAUGUACAGUUUAAUUUUAGUUAACUUGUUUCAACUUGUAAGUCCUAAUUUGGACUUUAAUCAAGAUAUUCAUUUCUCCAAGAAGUAUAAUACUUUUGCCAGUUAACCACUCUGAACCCUUUAUCUCUUUUUGUGCACAUAAAUGAGGAUAAUCAAUGUCUCUAAAGGAUAGCAAUAAACAAAUUUCUCUAAGCUUUACAGGCAGUUACUCGUAUAUCUUUUUUUUUAAUCCGUGUCUUAUCAGAGUGUAAGCUAUUUGAUCCACCGAUUAAAGCAAGCAAUAUGAUAAAAACAAAUAUUAGUUAAAUUAUUAUAUCAUAAUUUCAUUAAUAUCUAUAUGUAAACAAAUAUUAUAAUUUUUAUAUUAAUAAUUUAUUUGGAACUUAUUAUUAAUGAAUAUAUUAACUAAAAUUUUCGUUCAGUAAUUAUUAUUUACAAUAUUAAUUUUAAAAAAAAAAACUCCGAAAAAAAACCUAUUUUUUUAUUGAUUAGGUUUACGUACUCCACUGUUGAAGUAUUAUCUUUAACUAAAACAGAGUUGUUUAUUUCUAGUAAACGAUUAUAUUAUAUUAACUAUCGUUAAAUGUUCAUGAUAUAAUAAAUUAAUAUUUUAAUACAUUUAGUUUAAUAUACUGAUAUUCAGAAAUUGUUAGUGGAGUUAAAUUGGUCUAUAGAGUCUUGAUGUAAAUUUUUAUUAUAUAUAUACUAGAUAAAUAUAUAUAUAAUUGUUUUUUAAAGAAUUGUAUAAGGAUAUAUAAAACUGUUAUACUAGCACUGUAUAUAUUUACACAUUUUUAUUCUGUAUGUGGUAGUUCACGAAAAUAAUAAAACAAUUUGUUUGGUACUCUUUAAGAUCCUACAUCGAGGGUCUAGGCUGUCAAUGGCAUAAGGGUCCAAAAGUUGUGAAACAAAUUGGCAAAAAUUAUUCGUAUAUAACACAUAGAAAGCAUUAAAAGAUAUUAUUAGAAGUAUACAGGUGUAAAACAAGUUUUCUUUAAGAAGCGAUGCUAGUUGAUGUCAAAAAAAAAAAAGAGAAGCGUAGUGGAGCGACUAACGAGCGGCAACAAAGAUUCUUACAAACAGAUAGAUAAUGAGACUAUUAUUAUAUAUAACAUGAAUAUAUGUGGUUACGUUUAAUAUGGAAAUCUCAAAAUUAGAUAUCUGUAUUUCACAAAAUGCUACAUGUAUCUUUCGUUGUCUCAUGAAUCAUGAUCUCAAGUCCUUUAUUCUUUAUUUUUACUAUUAUGUUAUCACUUUCUAUGGGAGAAAAAAAAACUCUUGUCGUAAGGAAAAAUACAGGUGAAGCUGAUUCCCCAUGCACAUGGCUCUCUGCAGAUCUAUAAGAAAAGAAAUAAACUUUAUCUUUUGUAAGUUAUUACUCUCAUUAUUGUCUUUGUAAUAAAUUAGGGAAUGAUGAUGAUAUGGUACUUAGUAAAACCUGUCAAAAUAUUUAUCGGACUUAAUGACAUGAAUACUUAUUGGUCAUUAAUUGGAAUCGUUAGAAUUGAAUUUAUCAUGAAUCAAUUUUGUUAUUCCAAUCCAGACAUGACAUAUAAUUGAUUUUUUUUAAGAGUUUACUAACCUAUAAGAAUAGACUUAUAGACACACUAUUACUAUUCCAAAUCAUUUUCAAAAACAAAAUGACAAAAUAUUCAAAUAUUUAUGUCGCUAAAUCCGGACACAACAUGGAAUUCUGGAAAUGAUGUAUACGAUAAAUACCAAGUUUCCUCUCCUAUAAGGCUAUAGCAAUAAGAAGGCAUCAUACUCGUAAAAAUCUAAUCAUUUGAUGAUUUGAUCACAUAUUGUUCAUGUUCACAAAAUAUAGAAUAGAAAAACGGUCGGAGGAAGGGAACAGAGUUCCAACUCUCCCCUUCCACUUUUCGUGCAUGAGGGAAUUUGGAUCUACCAAUAAAUUCCCAAACACAAUCCAUAUAUCUCUUUGAACUGUCGCUCCCAAAAAUAGAUGUCUAACUUCAACAUUAAAAAGUCUUCAGGAAAAGGUCUUUACAUGCAGAGCGGACGUACAACAAGGUAAUAUAAUGUGGAGAUUAUCUUACAGUACUCUCGAAUGAGGCAUUUCCUCAUCUUCGACUUCUAGCCGGCAAAUAUCUACCUUCUGCUAGCUAAUAUUUUCAUCCGAAAACUAUAUCUUUCCCGAUUAACAUAGAAACUAUCCAUAUGAGAUGACUUGACAAAAUCGUAGUAACAUACGUAACAUACUGAUACUUCAUCAUGAAGAAAAAACAGAACUACGAUGUGGAAGUAUUGAACAGAUUUGGAGACAGUUAUCAUUGGCAUUUAUAAAAACACCGAGAAACUUCCUUUGUGGAAUGACCAAUUGUUCAUGAAUUGUUGGAACUCAAUUUUUAUGUUGCGUCGAAAUUUUUUCACGCAACUUUUAGCUAAUUUCUUUUUACGAUGAGUUUAAGGAGUUUCUCAUCAGUUCUUGAAUAGGGAGGGAGUUAAAGAGUUUCUGAUCAGUCCAAUAACUCAAUUUUUAUGUUACGCAAAGUGAAGAGAUUGUUGUUGUGCUCGUGGGCCACAAUUUCUCAUGUCUUGGCCCAACACCAAAUCCUGCCCACAAAGAAAGAGUCGGUUAAAGUUUAUACUAAGCCUAAUGCAAAAAGGAAAGCUUUGUCAUAUAUAGUCCUUUAAGGUAGGAAAAAUCUGGGAUUAACUCUAAAUAGAACCUUAAUACUGUGAUUGGUCAUUAUUGGGAGACAAAAGGGGAGCUAGAGAUCAACAAAAAAAAAAGAAAAAGAGUUUUGACUUGGUUCUAAUGGCGUGUGAUUUCUAUUUGGUAUUGUAAACAGUUUUUGGGUUGCUUAUUAAUAAAAUGAUUAGUUUUGGAUACGUUCUCAUUCUAAAAUCAUUUCAUGCUGUACACAACCAUCUGAAACCUAAUUCUGAGCUUCCUAUCUAAAUCCGAAUCUCUAAAGUUCCAUUUCACGUCUUAUCAUCUUUUGCAAAGAGUUUUGUUCAUAAAACAAAUAUUCCAAUUAUAAGGGCAUUCCAAUGAAACACUAAAAUUUACUCUAUAUUCCAAUUAUGGUAUAAAACAGACGACAAAAAGGGACAUGUGCUUACCAUUUACAGCAUUAACUAUUUUGGUAUAGUAACUUCUGUAGAAGAAAACUAUUAAUUAGUCAGGACUGAGGAGUAAUGUAUGGACGUAGAUUUUGACCAAAAAAUGUAUGGACGUAGAAGCGAACAAACGGCGGAUGUCAAUUAUACGCACAAUGUUGAAGGAGAUUCGAAAUAUGUGAUUAGACAUGAAAUAAAUAAAUAAAAGUAGUUUGGGUGAUAAGAAAAAAUAAAGAGGAAAAGAACAGACGAAACAAAUAAAAAGAAGCAAAGGGUCCAAUGGGUGAGGAGAGGCUACAAAGGCACAGCAAAGGUCAUGAUAAGUUUUAAAGAAUCAAAAUUCAAAAAGUGUUCUGAAACUUCAAAAUUCUAAAAUAAAAUUUAAAGGCAUAAUUUUUCAGAUGUCCUCCCCGUGCAGUGAGGAGCUACUUCACUUUUCUUUCCUUUUCCUUUCUUUCUGUAGGAGAAAAAAACAAAGAGAAAAAAUGAGUUUUUUUUUUUUCUGUAAAAGAAGAAAAACAGAAGCUUGAACCAAAAAACACUAACAUAAAUAACCUUUUCUUGGAAAGCUGCCACCAUGAGUAUAAUCUAUUUAUUAUUUAAACAGUAAUUUAUUAUGUUACUAUUUUAUUCUUGAAUCACUGACAUUACUAUUACUAGGGUUUGAUUGGUAAUUGUAAAGUAAACUAGAGUAAAUGAAAAAAUCUAAAGCAAAAUAUGGAGUAAACAUGGAUCUAUGUUUUUCUCCACUUAAAUAGUAAAUAGAGUAAAAGUGGAAAGAAUAUAUCCCACUUGAUUGGUAAACUUUUAGUAGGAUUGAGAGUAAAAGUUUACUCUCAAAAUACAAUCUAAUCGCACUCCUAAAUACACAAAAAGAAUCCAUUUCUUUUCGUUUAGAACGUUCGUGGUGAAGACUUGAAUUGUAAAGUUUAUCUUUUAGCUAUUGGACCAUAUGGAUUGAUUUAUGUCCCAUAUUUAUCAAAUUGUAAAUUAGUUUCAAUAAUUAAAAUCAAAAGUACCAGCUAGAAAGCAGCCGUCCAAACAAUCGAUAAAGAUUUAAAAUUUUAGAGGGUUAUUUUUUUUGUAUUAAAUUUUUUACUUAGUAUUUAUAUGUUUGUAUAAUUUAUAAUUCUUUGAUAAUAGUAAUAUUUAUAAAACAUUUUAGCAUUAGUUAUGAAACUUUUAUCAAUAAAUAUAUUGAUUAAGUGUAUUGUUAAAUAAUAAUAAUAUUUUUAAAUGUAAUUUUUAUUAACAAAUUAUUUUAGUAGAAUUGUGAUUACCUAAAGUAUUGAUGAUAACAUUGACAAAUAUUUAUAUACAGUUAAAUUCUAAAAUUAUAUUUACCAAUCAUUAGAAUUAAAUUAGUUUAUAAAGUUUUAGUGUUAUUUAUCUGAUAAAUAUAUAUGUAUAUAUAUGAUAUUAGAUAAAAACAUAAAAAUAUGUUAUUAAAAUUUGCUUAAAAUAUUAGACCGGCACUGUGUAUAUCUAGAAGAAAAAGAACAUUAUGCCAACAUGAGUUUGAUUGAUCCAAGUAGCAACUUGUAUUAAAACUAAAAUUAUCAUUACUUCUUGAAAGCAAAACUAUUACAGUGUUUUAAGAAUGUGCUUAAAAUACAGGAAUUUAUCAUUUAAAAUAAAUGUAGUGCUUGUCUACGCUCGAUACGAAGAACUGUAUCUCCAUCAUUUUUGCUAUCCAUAGUGAAUGUAAAUAAUUGACUGGAAAAAGAUAUCAUCUGAACUGAACAUAUCAAAUCAUGAUGCAUGGAGAUGCAGCGGCAACGAAUAACCUGCCCACUUCCACCCCCGGAAAAGAGAUUCAAAGCAUAUAGCUUAAUCCUUUCAAACUUCUUAGCAAACGUAGUUUUUCUUUUUAUUUAGCAAACGUAGUUGACAUAUUAAAGAAGGCAUCUAACCCUACAUCUACUAUAAUCCAAAACCUUCGGUUCUCCUACUAGAUAAGAACAUAGGUAGACUGCGAAGAAAACAGUGGAACUAGUUGUCGUGGUCCUACACAUGGAUAUGCUUUCUGUGUAGGGAUGAUCUUCACUGCAAAUUUGGACUCUUAUCUCAGACGUGCGAACUGCUCCUAAUCAGUAUUCUCGCCAUCUCCCAUCAAUGGUCCCGAAUAAUUUACAAAACUUAUACGUCAUAUUUGUUGAAUCAGAAUUCGGUCUUAGGUAAAUAGCACUAAAUGAUGAUGGGUUAUUUAAAAACGUGUAUUAGAAAAUUAUCGACUGAUUACCAAAAAAAGUAUUGAAAUCGGCAAAAGUGAUGAAAUAUUUUAAAGACAUGUUUAACGUUCUAAAUUAGAAACCAUAAUCUCUUUGUUGCUUUAGUGUUAAAUUUGAACGUCCUCUUCCAAACUACGAAUUCCCUUCGUAUAUAUACGAGGGAGUCGAUGAGUCUGCAAAGUAUGUAUAAAAUAAAUAAUUAAAGAUAUAUCUGUCAAAUCGACUUUUGAAAUCUACCAAAAACGCAUAAACUUGUACUAAUAUGUUGAUUCACUGCACACUAAACAUAAGCUUGCUGAUAGAAUUUUGAAUUGUGCCAAAAGAAUAAACGGAAUUUUUUUGAUCCUCUAUGCACUUGACUGCCAACUUUCACCUUUGACAGAGUUGAUUUUUUUUUGGGUCAAAGACAGAGUUAAUUAAUAACUGGAGUUAUGGACUCUGAGUCUGAAAACCAAUUGAACCAUCACACACAUACAUGAUGAAUCAUUAUAAAAUCACAAGAAACUAAAUAAAAGAAAAAAACUAUCCGAAUAUAAGAACUCUACUCUGACUUAAGUGUGAGACGUCCCACCAUUGUCCCCUCCACUGCCACUCACAGCAACCUUAGCUUUUCCCAUAAUAAUAAAACAUCAUCUUACACUAUACAAUCCACUCGCUCUUCUCUUCUUUUGUGCUCCAAAACCAAACAUAAUAACACUCACAAACUCUCACAUCUCUCUCAUCUCACUCUGUUCUCCUCUUUCUUUUUAAAUCCCCAAAUUACCCUGGAAAUCGGUGGAGACAAAGCUGAUCAUAGCUCUUAAUUCUUUCUUCAAAUUCCAAGCCUCUGUCUCCUCAUCAUCUUAAGAGGUAUAAAAAAAGAUAAAACAACCUUUAGUUGCUGCCCAAACUAUGAGAUCCAUCUUAGACCUUGAGGCUGAAGCUUCAUCGGAACAUAAUCAUCCAGAAGAUACCAGUAGCCAAGCUGCCUCGAACUUGUCUCCGGUAGAAGAAUACUGCAGACCCAUCUCUCUGAAUCUUAGCCUCCGUUUCAACAACAACAACAACAAUUUGGAUCUUGAAUCAUCUUCUUUGACGCUGCCAAUUUCGAGCACGAGCGAAAGUAGCAACCCAGAGCAACAGCAGCAGCAACAACAGCAACCGUCAGCAUUGAAGAGAGUCUUUUCUUGCAACUACUGUCAAAGGAAGUUUUACAGCUCUCAGGCUCUCGGCGGUCACCAGAACGCACACAAACGUGAAAGAACGCUCGCAAAACGUGCUAUGCGUAUGGGUCUGGCUGGGGUUUUCCCAAGAGGAUCCAGUACCCCCUACGCCACAGCUGCUCUCUCUUGCCUCCCGCUGCAUGGUAACAUGACAUCAUUAAGGACUUUGGGAAUACAGGCGCAUGGCUCGUCCCACGACCCAAGGCCAGCACCAGAAACGAUUAUUAGAAACAUUGCCAGGUUUAACCAGGGGUAUUUCAGUAAUUGUGUACCUUUCUACGUGGAGGACGACGAUACCGAGCUCCUCUGGCCGGGGAGUUUCAGACAAGCGGCGGGUGCCGUUAGGGCUGAAGCUUGUAAUGAUAAUUUAGGUGAAAGUAAAGUGGAUUUCUUGGAGGUCAAACAAGCAGUGGAUAUGGAGAGUUGUCUUCCAGAUUUAACCUUGAAGCUUUGAGCUAUCUCUUCUUUUUUUUUUAAUUCUUAAUUUGCUUGCACGAGCUACAUAUAAUUCUAUUAUGUACAGUGAUAAUUUCACAAACCAUUAUCAUCAAAUUAUAUUCUCUCGUUAACUU